GAGAAAUCAUAAGCAGUUUUAUGAAGCGUGCGUGAAGACUCCGACAACUUCUCUUUGAGGAGAUCUCAUGUUUGAAAUAUUUUCUGUUUCUCAAGACAGAGAACUACCCAGGAGUUAAAGUAAAGAAUGUGAGGCAAACUGUCGAGAUGGCGUCCAACCUUUCCAGCUCCGCUCUGCCCUCCUGCACCUACAACGAGGACUUCAAGCGCUAUCUCCUCCCAGGCGUCUACAGUCUGGUCUUCAUCUUCGGCCUGCCGCUCAACUUCAUCAUCAUUCUGCGCAUCUGGAGCUGUCGGCGAGCGCUCACGCGCACUAAGAUUUACAUGCUGAACCUUGCGGUGGCGGACUUUCUGUACGUCUGCUCGCUCCCGCUCCUCAUCUACAACUACGCCAGCAGAGACUACUGGCCUUUUGGCGACCUCACCUGCCGCAUGGUGCGCUUUCAGUUCUACAGCAACUUGCACGGCAGCAUCUUCUUUCUCACCUGCAUCAGUGUCCAGCGUUACCUGGGCAUCUGCCACCCGAUGACUCCGUGGCCCAAAAGAGGAGGGCGCAGGCUCGCCUGGAUCAUUUGCGCGUGUGUCUGGGGGUCCGUGGUGGUGCUCUGCGCUCCUACGUUCGAGUUCGCCGCGACGGGCGUCCAGCGCAACCGCACCGUGUGCUACGACCUGAGCGUCCCAGAGCGCUCUCCGGAAUAUUUCCCGUACGGCAUCGCCUUGACCUGUGUGGGCUUCAUUUUGCCGUUCCUGGUCAUCCUGGUACUCUACUGUAAAAUGGCGAAGGUUCUUUGCCGGCCUGGCGAGGCCAGAGGACACUCCCGCGUGGAGAAAAAGACUAAAGCGGUCAGGAUGAUAAUCAUCGUCAUGUUGGUGUUUGCCAUCAGCUUUUUGCCAUUCCACAUCACCAAAACGCUCUACCUGUUGGUGCGGACGUUUCCCACGGCGUCCUGUGAACUGAGGAACUUGCUGUCGGUGGUUUACAAAAGCACCAGACCCUUUGCCAGUAUGAACAGUGUACUGGAUCCUAUUUUGUUUUACUUCACCCAGCCCAAGUACAGACGCAGUACGCGGACUUUACUGCUCAAGUUCACUUCACUAAAAAGCCAAUUUUCAAAAUGAUUGGUUGGUCUUCUGAAUCAGGAUGAUGAUUAAAAAAACACAGUAAAGGUGCUGCGUUGGAAUAUUACACUAACACAUCAUGAAGGUUUUGUUGGCCUUGAAGUGAUGUAUCCUAUGAAAACUUCAUUAUGACUGAAGAACUGACUUUUGAGUCAAUACAUUUACAUUUAGUCAUUUAGCAGACGCUUUUAUCCAAAGCCACUUACAAAUGAGGAAAACAAUAGAAGUAAUUGGAACAACAUAAGGACAAUAAAAAGCAUAAGUGUAGUUAAGCUGGUCUCAUAGCCUACCUCAGUAUAGAGGGCUAAGGCUUUUUUUAAGGAUAGAAAAAGAAAAGACAUAGAAGUAAGAACUCAUCGGUCAGAUGCUGACGGAAGAGAACUGUGUUUUCAGCCCAUUCUUGAUGACGGCUACAGAAUCUGCUGAUCUUGUGGCAGCGGGCAGAUCAUUCCACAAAGUCACAAACAUAUGAAGGGUUUUAUACCCUUUGAAUAAAAAAGGGAUGAUGAUUAUGAGAGAUUUUACCUAACAUGGUUCAAUUCAGACACAUGAUCAUGGAUUCAGCUGGUCUGUGAAGGCAUAUUUUUGACACAGAGUAACAGCAGACUUUCAGUGUUACUAAUAAAAAGAGAAAAUAAAAACAACAAACCCUUGACUAAUAAAAACUAUGCGUAAAAUGUGAUGGGUGGAGAUCUGAAUGAUUUUUCAUCAUCUGUGUAACACAGGACUGUCACGUCUUCAGCACAUGAUCUAGUGGUCUUUAUCACAAGGUGUUUGAGGGCUUGAUCCCCCAUAUGACUGAUGUCCUGUAUAUAUGUCAUUUUUAUAAGAGUGACAUGUGGAGUCUCUGAUUCAGAGAAAUGUAAAGCUUGUGUCUGUGCGAUUGAUCUAUUCGGCUAUUAAAAUGUGUAAACUUCAUUACGGUUGAACUUUUAAGCUUAACAACGAUCAUAACAACAAGAGCUGUUUAAAAAGACAAAGCGUUAGGUGUUCAAAUGCCUUUGAUAAAGGUGUGUCUAUUGUUCAGGAAAAGAGCUGCAUUUGAGUAGAAAACACUGAGCUUCUAGUACUGUGAAUGUAUAUGUUUAUUUUAUUCGUCCAGUAUCAUCUUUGUGUUAUUUUGUUCAGCUUUAAAUAAAGUAACUUUGCUCUGUAUCUGAAGGUUGGAGUUCAGUUAAACACCUGCAGUUUCUGUAUCUCAAAUUCAUUAAACUGCGUCUGCCACUAGGUGGCGCACUCUGCCCAUUUUUAUGAAACACUGCUUUAGCGUAAAUAUUUUAUUGAAAAUGUUCGUAAAAGCCAAAUAUACGUAUAAAUUAUAUAUACGGCAAACUUUAUAAUGAAGAAUACACGUAUGUCUGUACCUAAGCAUGAUGUAGCCUACACAACAUACUGGUAAAUACAUGUGUGUUAGUUGAUCUGCAAAGAAAAUGUCUUGACAAUUAAUGUCUUUGUAAAUAUUAAUAUUCCGUUUUCACAUUUGUAUAGUGCUUUUCACAAUGUGUAUUAUUUUAAAGCAACCCUACAAAUAAUGUAUAUGUUUCCAUCAUAUGAAGCGAACAUUAUCAAUUAAAAGUUUGUCAUAAGUGUGAUAUAUUAUUUUUAAAGAAUAGUGAAAGACAUUUCGUUAUUUUAUUAAAUGUGACAUCAUAAUUCGUCUGAUUUGUGUGUUUGUGUGGAGUUGUUUUUGG